ACGUCGCACGUUGAUGACGCGGUAACAGCGGCGACGGGGACGCUAGCUGCUGUUUCGGUUUUUUUUUUAUUUUGUGUGUUUUGGUGACCAACUUCACAAACGAGAUGUCGUCUCUGUGUGGCCCCAGCAACAGCUGUCAGGAUGCGGAACAGGAGGCCGCGGAGAAGCAGGAGAAGGAGCAUCCUCGUGUCCUCAUCCCGGAGCUGUGCCGACUCUUCUACCAGCUGGGUUGGGUGACGGGGACGGGCGGAGGCAUCAGUCUCAGACGAGGAGAGCAGAUCUACAUCGCACCAUCGGGCGUCCAGAAAGAGAGAAUACAGCCAGACGACCUGUUUGUGUGCGACAUGGAAGAGCGCGACGUCAGCUGUCCGCCGGCCUGGAAGCACUUAAGGCGGAGCCAGUGCACGCCGCUUUUCAUGAACGCCUAUAGGAUGAGAGGAGCGCAGGCAGUCAUACACACCCACUCCAAGGCUGCUGUCAUGGCAACACUGCUGUAUCCUGGCAAAGAGUUCAGGAUAACGCACCAGGAGAUGAUCAAGGGGAUCUGCAAAGGCGCCUCGGGCACCAACUAUCGCUUCGACGACAGCCUGGCGGUGCCCAUCGUGGAGAACACGCCGGAGGAGCGCGACCUGAAGGAGCGGAUGGCCCGAGCCAUGGAGGAGUACCCCGACUCGUGCGCCGUCCUCGUGCGCCGCCACGGCGUCUACGUCUGGGGGGAGUCGUGGGAGAAAGCCAAGACCAUGUGUGAAUGCUACGACUACCUGUUUGACCUCGCCGUGCAGAUGAAGCGCUGUGGACUGGACCCCGCCGCCCCCCCCACGGAGGAAGAGGGAAUAGUUUGACAUUCAACACUGCUUUUUUUUAAUACAUUUUUUAAAGAGGAAGGUCCGCGGCGUUCGAUCGGGAGACUGCGUUUUGUCAUCUUUCACGCCGGGGGCCCGCUUCACAUUUUGUUUGAGGAAAUUUGACGGCGGAGGGGGGAGGGGGCGGGGGGGAGGUCGAGGGUCGGAGGAGAGAGAUUGAGCGUCUGUGAUCCGUAAGCACCCCGAGACGCGCUUCAAGCCAAAUAAACUUGCUGUGGGGACAACAGCUGGCAAAUCAAGGUCCUCGAGGGGGAGGGGGUGGGGGCGUGGCUUCCCAUUCAAGGUCCCGUGCGUCUCCGCCGAUGAUUAACUGCCUUUCGCUUCAAUCAAUAAAAGAACAAUGUAAUGUAAAUUCGCUCAAGUUAUUUAUUUAUUUUUCUUUCAAUCGUUUAUUUAUUUUUUUUACGGCGGCGGGAUGAAAGGAGGCGUGUCUCUUCUUGUUUUCUUUAAAAAAUAUAUAAUUUUAAAAGUAAAACAAACGUUGCCAUUUAAAAACCAACCGUGUAUUUUCUCUCGCAACAUUGUGUAAAAGCUCCCUCCUCCUCCUCCACCGCUGCACACACUGUGCUGUCAAAUGCGCUGCAGGCUUAUUUGAAUCUUUAAGAGAUUUUUUUUUUUUAAAGCCAGAACAAGACGAAGACUAUUUUGUCUUAACGCUGCCAAGAUUCCCCAUCCUCUGAUUAAUGAGGAUUUGUGGUAAACAACAACAACAAAAUCAAGUUGCUCUCGAGUUGUUGCUGCUUCAUUGAUUUCAGGAACGAUCUGUGAGAAGAUACCAGACGACUGAACGACCAGAAAGUGUGACACGUUGUCAAAGCCGGACUGCGCCCCAGCGCCAGGACACGAACGUUCUAAUGCAGGUCACAUGUUCAUCCAUAUUAAUAUGCGUCACCUGUUGCCGAGCAGAGUUCAGAAAUAGACUCUAACCUCCAAAUACCUGAGACUGAGAGGGACUAACGGGUGUACCAUGUGUAUACCUCAAUAAAAACACAAUGAAAAUGUC